AUGAAGGGGAUAUGGGAGGGACUAUCCAUCCCACCCUUUAUAGGGGAUGGCCCUGAAGCUAAUCUAAGGAAACGAGUUGCAUGUAAGUGGCAUCCUCCAGGUAAGGGAUGGCUGAAGCUAAACUUUGAUGGAGCUUCCCGAGGCAACCCAAGAGUGGUAGGGAUAGGAUGUUCUAUCCAUAACUGGGAAGGAAAGGAAAUUUUUCUCAGGGCUCACCCUAUAGGUAUCAAGACUAAUAACUGGGUUGAAUUGGUCACCCUGCUGGAAGGCCUCAAUCUUUGCAAAAAGAUGGGUGUGAAGAAUUUGGAUAUUGAAGGGGACUCAACAAUUACUAUCAAUGCUCUAAGAAAAGGUAGUAUUCCUAAUUGGAGACUCAACUCUCUAUUAACAUGGGCCAUUGAGUUAUGCAAGGGUUAUGAGAGAUUCAUGAUAAAUCAUAUCUAUAGGGAGGGCAACAAAAGGGCUCAUGAGUUAGCUAACUUGGGAGCAGAUGACAUUCAUCUUCCCUGA